AGGAAAAGGUUCUGUAUUUAUUUACUGCACAUUGUUCAACGGUAGAUCGGUUUCAUCGUUUCCUUUACGAUCAACAUUGGCAUACGUAAUUUACUAUGCCAUCAACACCCACGUGCAUACCGAAUGAACUCGUCCGCCAAUCUGUGCGUGACUCGGAGCGGAUUUGUCCGUCAGCAGUACGUGUUUUGUCUCGCGCAGGUUGAAAUGAGCAACUCCGAGGCCUCGUGGACAAGAUAUUUGUGUUCGAUUUUUUUUCGUCUCGUAGUGAGAACGGAAUGAAUAACAACUUUGUAGCAAAACGUUUUACUUGCUUUUCUUGUUCAUUUAACGUAUUUUCAAGUGAUUUCAGUUCUACGACCGUACUUUUGAUGGCUGUUACUUUCAACUGUUAGCGACAACAGAUGCAGCUCAUCAGGCAAGCGUGCAAUAUUAAUUUACAGGUUCCGAGCAGAGUAACGUUCUUCUGAGAGAUCGGACCAAUAAUGGUGGACAUUCAGCUAGCUGAGGAAGACCUAAAGAAGACACUAGAAUGGGAACUGAGUUUGGAAGACAACGAUCUACGAAGUCAUGCCUGGUAUCAUGGAACUAUCCCUCGACAAAGAGCUGAACAACUCUUGAGGGAAGAUGGCCAUUUCCUAAUUCGGGACUGCAUCUCUCGACCUGGGGAUUUUGUUCUGACAUGUUUAUGCAGAGGAAUGCCCCUCCACUUUGUUAUAAAUAAGGCACUUCAGCAUUGCUCGGUAUAUGAGAGAGUGCAGUACCAGUUUGAAGAUGAGUGUUUUGACACUGUGCCAGACUUGGUCACAUAUUAUGUUGGGAGUAAAAAAGCUAUUUCUGAAGCUUCUGGAGCUGUGAUUUCUCGGCCUGUGAAUCGCAGCAAUCCCCUUUCUUACUGUACAUCUCCAUAUGUUUUGCAGAGUCAAGCUGUCAGGACUCCAGAACAGAAUGCAUAUAAUGUAAAGACACCAUCUCCAUCAGAAUUACCUUUCAAACCAGGAAACUAUGAUGGUAAUUGUAUAGGAAAACACUCUCUCAAAACUACCCAGAUGUUAGAUACACAACAGAGCAAUAUUGCAGCAUUUGCAACCCUACGUCCGCACCAUUACCAAACUGUAGCCCAAGAACUGAGUGAUUCUACUUCAGGUCCUUUGAUGGAACAGAAAAGUUGGGAAGUUAAAACAAGCUCCAAAGCAUCUGCCAUGAACAGAGAACAACCACCACCUAAACCAAGUCGUGUACCUUCAAUCAAAUACACCUACAAACCUGUUGUGAACAAACAAGAAAGAAACGUUCAGCAUAGUGCAUCAGAAAUGUCCACUUCUGUAAAAGAACACCCGAAGAAAGGAGAAACAGGUCUUCAGUAUUCUGAUUCUCAAGCAAUUGCACUGAACUCUGAAUCUAAUGACGUAUUAAAAGCUUUCUGUUUUGAUGACAGAGUGAAACAUACAUCUCUACCCAGAAGAACACAUCACCUGACAUCUGAGUAUUUCUUUAUUGAUGAUGCUGGGUUUACAAGCAGUAACUUAACGAUACCAAACACAUGCCCGCCAUCACAUUUUAACCUAUCAGAUUUCAACACGUUCCUGCUACCACCAGACAACAGACCUCUUGAGAGUUCAACCUUGCUUAAAGUGCGAAACCUGCUAAAGGAGACCGGAGCUCGAAUCUUAGCCCAUCACUUGACCAAGACUGAUCUGGAGGUGGUAAAGCUGAGUUCCAACUGUGAUCUGGGGUUCAGUGUCACCUCUGGCCUAGAAUUUCUAACUCUCCCCCAAGGAGCUCAAUUGCAGCUAGAUUUGUUGGAUAGGUUAAAUUGCCUUAAGUAUUUUGUUGCUGUAACAAUCCUUACUUGUGGAGGGGAGGCAGAAAGAGCUGUGAUUCUCAACAAGUGGAUUCAAGUUGCUCUUGACACCAAGACUGCACUAGGCAACUUGUUUGGGUUUGCUGGGAUAAUGCAGGGAUUGUCACUUCCUCAGGUUGCCCGCCUACGUUCCACCUGGUUUUCUCUCCGGACUAACUUUACAGAAGUUGCUUUAACUUAUGAAAGCAAACUUCGUCCAACAAUGAAGACCAUGGAAGAAUGUUCAAACCCUCUUGCACCUAACACCUGUAUCCCGUACCUCGUGUCCUUAGUCACCAUCCUCCAACGUCAUAACGACUUGCAGCAUGAAGUGGAGCCAAUAGGAGAGAAACUAGCCACAAACAGCAAGGAGACGGAGAGACCACUUACACUCGGGUUACCAUGGGAACAAAAGGCAACAGACUACGGGCUACAGAUAAUGUUGACUCAUCUGGAGAUGGGUAGGAUCUUUAUUCAGCAAAGCUCCACCUACAGGAGGAAUAGUGAAAUAGUGCUGGAAAGCCUGAAGUGUCAUAAGCAAUUAUUAGAUUUGUUCAGAACAGAGUUUCAUCUGCGCUUCUUGUGGGGCACCAAAGGGGCAACUGUUGAUGCUAGCGAAAGGUGUUCCAAGUUCAACCAGUUGUUAGCUGUAAUGUCAGAACGAUGUGAGAGUAAUUAGUGAGCCAACUUCUUCUAGACGCAGCUGAAAAAAUUCACUAAUUUAAGUUAAAAGUACGUUGCGCCUGUAUGAGCCAUGUUUAAAGCUUAUGAAAAUGUCAACUUCAGUUUUAACCUUUUACUACUUUACCUCUAUGACGAAGGAUCUCAAAGGAAGCUGUUAAAUAAUGUCAUGGUAGAACUUGUAAAUUUUUCUCUACUUUCCAAAAGAAUCCUGAAACUGAUUAUACCAAAGUUAAUAUAUGUAUGAUAAAACUCGGAUAUCGUUUACUAUACAGUCUUAUAUCUAAAGAGUAAAGAAAAUGUAUUUAAUAUUCAUUUUAUUAAAGUAAAUGAGUUUACGUGCCAAACAAGGCAGUAGUACUAAAACAAUAAUUAAAAUUGCUUUUAUAUAUGAUAUGUAUUAAUUCACUUUGUUAAUAUAUAUCAACACCAGUUUAUUUAAAAUAUGAAUGUCAGCCUAAAGGAAUCAAUAUUGGAAAAAUACGAGUGAUUUAAUUACCGCAGUUACCCCCUUCCCAACGAGCAAUGCUGAAAUCCGUACAGUAACGCUUAAGAAAUACAUAUUUUUCUCUCUCUCUCUCUCUCUUUGGAUUAUUUAAUGCACGGCCAGUCGGAAGACUUAAGUUUCUGCAACACUCUUGUUUGGCAAGAAUUCCGUAUCGGAAUGCCAUCUAUAAUUGUUGCGGUUGAUUAUUUGUUUCCAUUAUUUACAACUUCAACAAUAAUUUAACUAAUAAACCUACCUGAACAUGUUAUUUUAUGGUUUAUUUUGUGUUCCUGAUUCUUUUGGUAUUUUAAUUUUAAUAGUGUGUUCCGAUGCGCCAAUAUUUGGACCCAAUUUCCUGUUGUGGUUGAUUUUUUUUAUUUUCACCUUUAACUUCAUGGGUACUGUUUAAAUAGUAAAUACACACGCUUGGCUCGAUGACUUUUGUUUCGACUUCUCUCUCCUGAAACUAACAUGGCUCUCCCAGUUUCUAACUGUAAAUACGAUUUCUGAUUGGUUGGCUAGUAUCUUAUUAUCCUACGUUAUGAAAAUGUUUGUGUCUGUGCUUCUCCAUCUGCACUUAAGCCUAAUACUUACAUGACUACUAUUUCGACAUUGUUGCCAUUCACCACCAUAACAAGAUUACUGUAUCAUGUUAUACCAAACCCAUAAAAUGUGAAGAAAAAGAUCAGAAUUUAAAGUGUAAUCUGCUGUUUAAAGUAUGAAUGACUGUGUAUGUAUCCCAUCAAUCCGUUGUGAUCACUAGUCUGGUUACUUGUUUAACACAUCUAUGUGGAUGGAGCGGUGUUUUGUUCUGGGUUUGAACGACAAUUGUUUUAACGGAGGAUAACUUUAUUAUUGUUUGAAUAAAAACUACUGCUUAUGUGUUUUAAUUUAUUUAUUUCUGGUGCUUUAGAACAUUAGAUCAUGAAAAAUAGACGGCUUAAGAUAGAAUUUUGGCAAAUGUGUGAAAAUAGUUAAUCAUGGAAUUAGUUGCUAAUAUCUAUUGGAAUGUUUUUACUAUCAGACCCAGUAAUAUUUAUGAUAGUGAUAAAUAAACGGAAACUAUGUUUUCAGCAAUUGAUAUUUUUUUACAAGAAAAUCAAUGACAUUAUUCCUGAGGCUCGUGGUUUUGAAUAAACUGUUCAUCCUAACAGUAGGGUUAACAAUGGUGUAACAUUAGUACCCUCUACUCGCCUUAUCAAAGCUUUAAGUCAAACAUGACAAUCGAUGGAUUAUUCAUUAACCCUAGUAAAAGCUUCAGUCUGAGCUAGUUUGUCCUCGAUUCCAUUAUUAAUGGCAAAUGUUAUCCGUAUUACGUUACAACAACGUAAGACUGUAUAAUAACUGACGUAUCUAGAAGUAACAUCAGUUCUACUUGUAAUAAACAAUAUUUCAUUAGUUCAAAUGUUAUAAACUGCAACUUCGUAAAAUUCAAAUUUGAUAUACCUCUGGGGUCGCCUGCUUGCAAUGCUGAAUAACUUUCUUGUAUAAAAGUUCUCUAAAUUUAGCACGAAAAAAUAAAAUAAUUGAGCAACAGAAAAAAUAACUAAUUAAAGUUUUGCUAAACUAAGAUGAAAAAGGAAAACAUGUUCCACAUUUUUUAUUAUUUUUUUAAUGUUUUGAGUGCUGACUGUGAGUAACUGAAAUCCUAACGCCAUACAUCCACAUUCAUUUUAUGGAUUUGAGCAAAUUGUUUGUACUUAGGUUUAAGUGCAUCAACGUGUUUUCACUGUGCUACAAAAAACUGUCGUCUGCAAAGUUUUGCUACGAUGUUAAGCAAACAUGGCAAUGGCCUUGCCAACCGGGUAACAUUGAAACAAUUUGUUGCCCAGCUUUCAAGGCAACAUUGAAACAUGUUUCGUACCACGUGAUGCGCUUUCAACCAAUUACGAUAAAACAUUCAUAGGAUAGAAUAGUUUAUCGUAAUCAUAUUUCCAAAACCUCACUUAAUAAGUAUGGCAUGUUAAAUUUUUCUUGUUACUCAUUCUAAACAAAUCGAUAUUUACGGCACCUGUAGACAUUAAACUUUCAUAAUCACACCACAUAAAAAUAAGCUUAAACAAUUUGGUACUACAGUUUUGAGCAUAAAACAUUCGAUGUUAGAGGAUAUCACAUAUUGCUCUGUUAAUAUCUUUAUUUACAUAUAUCCAGUGUACGAUUUUUUCGAGUUUCUUUGCAAAGUUUUCAACGGUAAUCCAAACACUGAUCUUAGCCAUCUGUCGAUUAAUUAGAUAAUAAUAGGUCAAGUAACAAUACUGAAAUUGUGAAGCCGUUCUAAUGGAAAUUAUCUAUCAAGUAAAAUAUUUAGUAAUAAAGGAAAACGAAAUGAAAGCGUCUUUAUUAUCACACGAAUAAAAUCAAAUCAGAAAACUAUCAAGAAGUUUUCGAACAGAGGUAUGAUAAGUAUUUAAAUUCAAAUUUCUAUAAACUGAAAUAUAUUCCAGUGCUUAUGAAAGAUCCUGCAUGUACUACCGAGUUUCAAAAACCAUAAACUUUCUAAUUGUAUAUAGGAUAACAAAUAUUUGUCAACCAACAAAAAAGCUUGCAUGAAGGAAAUAUUUUUCUUGAAAUUCACACAAGAGAUUUAGUUUUCAAAUAUUUAAAAGCUAGUUUCAGUUAACGUUAAACUCAUCUAUUAACACUAUCAGUUUUAUAUAGCAAAUUCGUAAUAUUUUGCGCUAUUAAAAAUAUUUAGUUACCAAUUUAUUGAAAUCAUGAAUUUCUUCGUAACUUCUUUGGUUCAUUCGUGAGAUAGAAUUUGCACCAACCAUUGUGUAUGUUUUUUUCUACACAUAUACGAGUUAUAAUAAUGAUGAUUUUAAUUAACUUUCAAUAACGGUUCUCUAUUGACGAAUGUGAACAGUCGUGAUUAAUGAACCAUUAACUCAAACUGCUAUAACACCAGAAUUCUAUAGUCCAUCCUGUGUUAAUCCUAAAAUACGUUAUUUUAAAAUGUUUUUGAUUAUGCAAAUCAGCAAGUCACGUGAAAACCACAGCCGAUAUAAAGCAGUGGUGUAACGGAAUAUAUCAGAACUAUAUCUUAACAUCUUUUGGUGUUUCGUAGGUAGUCAUGCCACCAAAUAAUUAUCACUUUUGGGAGGGGGCAUGUAACAGCCCUUUCACAUGCAAAAUAUUCAUACACUCAGUUCAUAGAAAUGUGUUCAGAUCGUGGGCUUAAAAUUUUCAAGACCUUUGCACUUAAUGACACUGGAAACAAAGGAAUGUAAAUGGAGAAUAGCCGGACGUGGCGUCCGUAGACUGUAAGCGAAAGGUGAGGCUCCAAAAUAAUUUAAAUAUAACGUACUCAACCUUCUGUAUGUGUUGUCAUGUUUUAAUUCAGUGUCGUGGAGCGGCUUCUUUUUAUCACUUAAAUCAAACAGUCAAAGAGAGAGAGACAAAUGGCGAAUGCCAAUAUAUUCCAAACAAACUUUUAUCGACCACAGGCCAUCUAAGUAUCGUAAGUUUGACCACUUAAAUAGUUAAAAUAUAGAGAUAACAUCAGAAAUCAACAAUAAGUGAGACAAACUUUAUUUUUACUGCACACAAGUUCAACAAACAUGUACAAUCAAUUAAUUUUAUAGAUUUGGCCCUUACGAUUAAGACGGAACGACAUCACCAGUGUAAGGCCUGAUGUUGUACACUAUUCACAAAUUUUUACAUUCAGUCAAGUUAGCUACAAUAAAGCGCUGACAAGCUUGAAAUACUUCAUUUAAGCACUUUCUAUAGGGCAUUUAAUUUAGAGAAAAAACUCUUGAGGCGUUUACGUUCAUUAUAAAGCAUAGGUUAAAAUAGGGUUAACUAGCUCUACUCGCUACUGGAAUCGGUUAGGCUAGGGGCUGUUAGGCCUAUAGUUCAAUUUG